AGUAGCUGAACGACUUGCGCGACGCUUGGACAUUGUGCUCGACGCAUCCACAUUAAAUCCACGUCUCUUAUCAGUUAGCUAGAGAAAAACAUGGAGGGCGGCCCCAGCACACAGUUCGAUAAAUAUACAAAAGUUUGGAGUGGACCAAGGCCGGCGCAUUUCUUUGACGCCGAUUGCUCCAUUGGCAAAAUACUGUUUGCCUUCAUGCGCAACCAUCCGGCAAGCCUGUGCCAGAUCUGCGACACGGAGGGCACAGCGCUGACCAAUGGCGAGGCCAUCAGCUUUGCCAUACGCAUCGCCCAGCAGCUGAAGGCGAUGAAUCUGCGUCAGGACGAUGUCGUCGGCAUUGCCGCCACCAACACCACAUAUCUGAUGCCCGUGGUGCUCGGCUGCCUGCUCAACGGCACGCCCUUUCAUGCCGUCAGCCCCUGGCACGACGAGCCCACCUUCAAGCACUUGUUCUGCAUCACCCGGCCACGGAUCAUCUUCUGCGAUGGCACUGUCUACGACAGACUGAGCGCCAUAGCCAAAAUGCUCAAGGCGCCCGUUUACACGCUCAAGGAACAUCGCCUCCAACUGCCGCGCAUUGAGGACCUGCUAGAGCCGACCAAACAGGAACUGCACUAUAUACCGGAGCCCCUGAUGCUGGGCGGAGAUCAGACAGUGGCCAUACUCUGCACCUCUGGCACGACGGGCUUGCCGAAGGCGGUUUGCAUAUCGAACUCCGCUUGCCUCUUCGACUUUGGUUUCGUCACCGGCCAAGACGUGCUGCUGUCCUUCAGCACCAUCGACUGGGCACCGGGCUUAUUCAACAUGCUCUACAGCUGCUGCCACGGCUCGACGCGCGUCAUCACCGACCAUGCCUAUACGCCGGAGUACCUGCUGCAGCUGAUCGAGAAGUAUAAGGUGACGCUGCUGACUCUGGCGCCACAGCAGGUCGCCUCGCUGCUCAAGGCGCCCACGCUCAGCCAGCAGAGGUUGGCCAGCGUGCGCUUCAUCAGCAUUGGGGGCGGCAGUUGCUAUGUGGCCAAUCUGCUGAAGCUUCAGGAGUAUCUGCUGAAUGGCCAGAUCUCGUAUGGCUACGCGCUAACCGAAUGCGGGGGUGUUGCGGCAAACAUGGGCGUGGCCAAGCCCUCAUCCGUGGGCAGGAUAGUGCCGGGAGUCAAGGUGAAGAUUCUGGACGAUGCCGGCCGCAGUUUGGGCCACGGCGAAACAGGCGAGAUCCUGGUGCACAAUGGCAAAGUCUGGAAUGGCUACUACGGCAAUCCGAACGAGUCGAAGCGCAUACAGGACUACCAGGGCUGGUUCCACACCGGCGACAUGGGCUACUUUGACAACGAGAACUUCUUGUACAUCGUCGAGCGGAAGCGCGACAUGCUGCGCUUCCACGGCGCCCAAUACUGUCCCUACGAGCUGGAACAGGUGAUCGCCGAGCUGCCAGAUGUGAUCGAGGCGUGCGUCUUUGGCCUCUGGAACGAGGUCGACGGCGACCCAGCCGCAGCGGCGGUGGUCAAGGUACCUGGCAGCCGGCUCACCGAAAUGGAUAUUGUGGAAUAUGUGGCCAAACGCCUGGUGGUCGAUCACAAGCAGCUGCACUGUGGCGUCUUCUUUCUCAGCGAGCUGCCCAAGACGGGAAGCGGCAAGGUGCUCCGACAGCAGGCCAGAGAUCAGGCACUGGGCAAACAUUGGACCGACUUUCGCAAUGGACACUAAUUGUUAUUGUAUAUGUAUUUGUGUAUAUGUGGCUUAUUGUGGCUGUAGGCCUUAGUAUUUAGGCAUUCUAUUUAUUAAAUGACUCAUACAUUCCAGUAUUCAA